CUGAAGAGGACAAUGCCAAGGCGGAGGCGUUUAAAGCCAAAAGAUGAAGCAUUGUUUUACAUUGAGUCUGGAAAAGACAAAGAGGGACUUGAUGUCAAGUGCAUCAGUUCUUUUAAAGGGCGGGGUGUCUUUGCUUCCACUUCAUUUGAAAAGGGAGACUUCCUGAUGGAGUAUCGUGGCGAACUUAUCAGCAAACAAGAAUGUGAGAGGAGACAACGAGUUUACCACAAAAACCUCAAGGCCUUCUUGUUCGAGUUUCGCUUUGAUGGGAAACUGUGGUGCAUUGAUGCAGCAAAAGAAGAUGGAUCAAUCGGAAGGCUAGUCAAUGACGACCAUAUCAACCCAAAUGCCAAAAUGAAGUAUUUGAAUAUGGAAGGAAAGCCCCAUCUCUGUCUGUUUGCCACACGGGACAUCGACCCUGGAGAGGAGAUCACAUAUAAUUAUGGGGACUCAGACUGGCCUUGGAGAAGCAAGCCUCCUGAUGUGGACAUGUCCUCUCCGAGAGCUUCUGGUGCCACAGACCCUGGACAGUGCUCGGUGGACAGACAGGACUCCCCAUUGCCUGUGAGCCAAAGUGACCAGAGUCCAGUGCUUGGGCUGCAACCCAGUUUUGAAAAGCCUCCUGAUGUGGACAUGUCCUCUCCGAGAGCUUCUGGUGCCACAGACCCUGGGCAGCCUCCUGAUGUGGACAUGUCCUCUCCGAGAGCUUCUGGUGCCACAGACCCUGGACAGUGCUCGGUGGACAGACAGGACUCCCCAUUGCCUGUGAGCCAAAGUGACCAGAGUCCAGUGCUUGGGCUGCAACCCAGUUUUGAAAAGCCUCCUGAUGUGGACAUGUCCUCUCUGAGAGCUUCUGGUGCCACAGACCCUGGACAGCCUGUCACAGAAUCUGGCAUCAGUGCUGCUACAGACGGGUGA